GUGAGUCCGGAGUCCCCCUACUCCCACCCCAACAUUUUCACUUUGUUGAUAGGGGCAAACUUCGAAGGCUGCCGCCCGUUUACUCUCUCAAAACCACCUGCAAUUUGGUCUACAAAUGGCCUCUAUACACCCUUCCACUAAAACCCUAGUUAAACCCUAUCCCUUAUCUUCUUCAUCUCCCCAUCUUUUCUUCACCAAAUUCACUAAAUUACGUCUCCACAACACCAAUUUGUAUCGCCAUGGCAACAAUAACCUCAAAAUUAGGGCUUCCGAGUCUUCAAAUUCUCCCGUGUCGUCUUCUUCGCAACAGCAACAGGAUUCAGAGUCGUUGCAGCUGUUCGAGAAGCUGAAGGAGACCGAGAAAGAGCGGAUAAACAAAUUAGAGGAGCUUGAUCGAAAAGCAAACACGCAGUUAGAACGGCAGCUUGUUAUGGCUUCAAAUUGGAGCAGAACUUUAUUAACCAUACAGCAAAAAUUAAGGGGAACAGAGUGGGACCCGGAAGAUUCACACAGGAUUGAGUAUAGUGAAUUCUUAAGGCUCCUUAAUUCAAAUAACGUCCAAUAUAUGGAGUACUCAAAUUACGGGCAGACGGUAUCAGUGAUUCUACCAUAUUAUAAGGAUGAAGAAUCAAAAAAGGAAGUUGUAUUCCGGAGGCAUAUUGUUGAUCGUAUGCCUGUUGAUAGCUGGAAUGACGUUUGGCAAAAGUUGCAUCAACAAGUGGUGAAUGUGGAUGUUGUUAACCCGACUACAGAAGUCUAUUCGAGUGUUGCAACUAUUGUCGUGUGGUCCAUGCGACUUGCUCUUGCUAUAGGAUUGUACGUAUGGAUCGAUAACAUAAUGAGACCGAUAUACGCAAAGCUAAUUCCUUGUGAUUUGGGAACCCCGCCUAAAAAGAUUCGACAACCGAUAAAAAACCAGGCACUUGGAUCGUUAGGCGAGAGUCGGGCGAAAUUUAUAUCAGCGGAAGAGACAACGGGUGUCUCCUUCGAUGAUUUUGCGGGGCAGGAAUAUAUAAAGAGGGAAUUGCAAGAGAUUGUUAGAAUACUAAAGAAUGAAGAAGAGUUUCAAAAUAAAGGCAUAUAUUGCCCUAAAGGUGUCCUACUUCAUGGUCCUCCUGGAACCGGUAAAACGCUUCUAGCGAAAGCUAUUGCCGGUGAAGCGGGUCUUCCUUUCUUUGCGGCCAAUGGCACUGAUUUUGUCGAGAUGUUUGUUGGAGUUGCAGCGUCUCGUGUAAAGGACCUUUUUGCUAGUUCCAGAUCAUUUGCUCCUUCGAUCAUUUUUAUUGACGAGAUAGAUGCUAUUGGUAGCAAACGUGGUGGCCCUGACAUUGGCGGGGGUGGUGCAGAGAGGGAACAAGGGCUGCUUCAAAUAUUAACAGAAAUGGACGGUUUCAAAGAGUCAACAUCUCAAGUGUUAGUUAUUGGAGCAACCAAUAGGCUGGAUAUUCUCGAUCCCGCUCUUUUGCGGAAAGGCCGUUUCGAUAAGAUUAUUAGGGUCGGUCUGCCCUCUAAAGAUGGUAGAUUUGCUAUAUUGAAGGUGCAUGCGAAAAACAAAUUUUUUCGUUCCGAGGACGAGAAGGAUACCUUAUUGCGGGAAAUUGCGGAGAAAACCGAAGAUUUUACUGGAGCAGAACUGCAGAAUAUACUGAACGAAGCUGGUAUUUUGACUGCCAGAAAGGACAUGGACUACAUAGGACGAGAAGAGCUUCUUGAGGCCUUGAAAAGGCAAAAAGGAACUUUUGAAACAGGUCAAGAAGAUAAAAGCGAAGUCCCCGAGGAGCUGCAACUGAGGCUGGCGUAUAGAGAAGCAGCGGUUUCGGUUCUUGCAUGCUACUUUCCCGAUCCCCAUCGUCCUUUUCAGGGGACGGAUAUCAACUCUGUUAAGAGUCAAUCAAACAUGCGCUACGUAGAGAUUUCAGGGCGGGUGUUUAAAAGGAAAUCAGAUUAUGUAAAUUCCAUUGUUCGUGCUUGUGCUCCGAGAGUAAUUGAAGAGGAGAUGUUCGGAAUAGACAAUUUAUGCUGGAUAUCUGCAAAGGCUACAUUAGAAGCUUCAAUGCUUGCCGAAUUUUUAAUUCUCCAGUCGGGAAUGACAUCCUUUGGAAAAGCGUACUACCGAAAGCAACAUGAUUUAGUGCCAAACCUUGCUGCCAAACUAGAAGCACUAAAGGAUGAGUACAUGCGUUUUGCAAUGGAAAAAUGUUAUUCUGUGCUAAGAGAAUAUUAUUCUGCAGUAGAAGAGAUCACAGAUAUUCUACUUGAGAAGGGAGAAAUUGAAGCCGAUGAAAUUUGGAGCAUUUACAAAUCUUCCCCUCGGAUAUCUCAGCCUUGUGUGACCCCGGUGGAUGAAUACGCUGCACUGAUAUAUGCUGGAAGAUGGGGAAUACAUGGUGCUUCGCUUCCUGGUAGGGCCACAUUUGCACCUGGCAAUGUCGGGUUUGUAACUUUUGGUGCCCCGCGUCCAAUGGAGACUCAAGUUGUCAGUGACGAUACUUGGAAGCUAGUCGACAAAAUUUGGGACACGAGGGUUCAGGAAAUUAGAGACGGGGCGAAAAGAGAAAUCGAAGCCGAAAAGGAGAAACCGCGAGUUUUGAUCGCUAGCCAUUUUCUAUGACCGUUAUCAUAUGACAAGAUCUAAGCUUUGUAAUUUGUUAGUUGAUGGUUCAUGAAAAGAUCAUGAUGGCACUCGAAAAAAAUGUUGUAAUUUCUCAUAUAGAAAAUAGCAUUUGAUAACAUUUUUGAUG